AUGAGAAGCAUCCUCUCUCUCUCUCUCUCUUUGCAGAUGUUGCUGCUGCAGUUGUGCGCGUACCCGAACGUGGAGUCGGAAGACAUCCCUCCCUGCUCUUUUCGAAUAGCUGAUAUCAAGCAUUCCCUUUCUCUGCCUGUUUGCGGAACACCAGCACGAAUCGGAACGCAGCCAAACGCAUACACCAAAGUGAAUUGGAUUUCCAUGCAAGCACACCUGCGUAUAGACGCGGGUUGCAGUCAAAAGAGGAAGGAAAAUACAGGAGUAUAUCGCGCAUCCGGCCUUCCCUCGCCCUUUUACUCUCUUUUUUCGUCCACCACCUGA